CCUCGGUCUGAACGAUACUCCCGUGUGCAAGGCUCUGAUCCAAAGACUCGUCGAGAUCAAUCGGCCUGGGUAUGGACUCUCCAGCUCGAUGCUUCGAAAAUGUCAACGAUAGGUUCUGCACCAUUUGUUCGGAGAAUAUCACUGAAGGCGAAAAC